AUGCUUAUACUUUUCAUGCGCGUUGUUUUUUCGGUAAAAACCCAAUACCGCGCUGUAAACAAACCAGUGACAGUUCGAACAUGCGACCUGGGAACUGUGGGUCGCUCCACACUCUUUGUGUCAGUUUCAAUUGGUGUUGUUUUCAUUUAUGGCGGUUUGUUUACAUUUCGUUGCGGUUAUCAUCAGUUCCCGUGGUUCGAUAUUCGGUCGAGCUUUCUUUUCGUCAACCUCAUCGUGACGAUCGUGGUGCUCGGUGGACUGUUGGCAACGAUCGAAAAGCAUCUGCCCACUGCCAUCCGGCAGACGUUUGCUGCCCUCUGGUCGGUGGCCGGAUUUGCCGUCAUGAUGCGGCAUGCCAUGACGCUGAUCACGCUGCAGUGUUUGCGCCGGUUCCACAAGACCUGGUUCGUGCAGGUGUUCUCGAGCAAGCUGAAAAUCACCCACCAGUUGUACGUGGAACACUUUCACAACUAUCCGAAGCAAGCUCGUCAGGAAAACACUCGUCCCGUUCGUUCUGUGAGAUCGACGGUGAGGGUUGCUGGUUCCCGGCUGAUGGGAUUCAGCUGGUUUUCCUGGAUCUUCUGUGAAUGCCUUGUUCCACGGACCGGUCGUCGAUGCACUCGAGGUGCACCGCAUUGACGAGCGGCAGUAGCAGGAUGCAAUCGGCGCGGCCGAGCUGGCAGCGAAGCCGGUUCUCGGUGAGCCAUUCACGCCGAAUGAGGGCGGUCAAGAGCCGGCUGCAUACGUUCGAUAUAUUCGCUACGCGCACGAUCAAACUGUGUAACGAUGCCGAGUGUGUCCGGCCAUCGCGACUAGAAGCAUAGCGGAAGUUAAGUUGCGUCGUCUAUUGUGGUGCGAUGCACUGUAUGUUCCGGGUGUGCGAUUGAGCUUCAUGUUUGUUUCUUUUUUGUUCACAGACACCGUUUCAUCAACAACUGGCAUGACUAUCGGCGCACGGUCGGUGGCUCUAGCGAAGGGGAGGGUGCGUUCCAAUCGGCUGGCAGGACACAGAUCGGAUCGGUUAGGACAACGAUCGGCAUAGUACGGCUCGCGACCCGCAUGUGGCUAUUUGUUGACUAGUUGCCUCUUCAAGUGCAAAUCUACGAACAUGUUUAGAAGAUUUGGCUCUUUCGGUCGCAACGUUUGCCGAGUCGCUGGGGAUAUUGGAUUGUAAGGAAUGAAUAUACUGUCCGCAGGAACCAGAUGAUGACAUCACCAAGGAGCUAAUGCGCUAAAGCUUAUCAGGAGGAGGCGAGAAUGGUUUGAUGUUUUUGGCACAGCUCCCACGUAUCAUCCAUACCACACCAAAUCAUUAUGGCGCAGCCGUGAAUAUGUACAACGUCAUCCUGCUCGGGUAGGAUGGUGACGGUCUCCCGUUCGGUAUAUCUUGACGGCAGUAUAACGCA